AUGAUGGAAAAAGAGGAAUUCGAUGAUAAACAUAUAAAUAAAAUUCAGGACAAAGCAUAUUUUCAUUCAGAUACAUAUAUUAAUCUCAAAUCAACUGAUGUAAAAGAUUUACUUAAAAAAAUUAUCAGUAACAUCACAGAAAAGAUUAAUAUUUAUCAACAAAAUGGUAGUGGGUGGUAUUUUAAAGAAGUUAUUCAACUUGAAAUUCAUACAGUUAAAUUUAGUCCAAUGAAAGGUUCUUCUUAUAUUCCUCUUCCAGAUUGGAUUAUGAGAAAAAAAGCAAUUGUUAGUAUUCGAAAUAAAGAUUAUAAAUGUUUUUUGUGGUCUAUACUUCGUUAUCUUCAUCCAAGAGAAAAGAAUGAUUGUCGUUUGAAAGAUUUAGAACAAUAUGAGCAUGAGCUUAAUAUUCCAAAAGGAUUUACUUUUCCAGUUAAAAUUAGAGACAUUACAAAAUUUGAAACUAUUAAUCCAGAUUUACCAGGUAUAAAUGUAUUUUCAGUUACUCACGAAAAUAAGUUUUAUCCUCUCCGGAUGGCGUUACGCGACCCUCAAAAAUCAAUAGAUUUAUUUCUUUAUGAAGAGAAUGGAAAAUAUCAUUAUUCUCUGAUUAAAAACUUUUCUCGUCUUUUUCGGUCACAAAUCACUUAUAGAACAAAUGAGCCAAUUCAUAUUUGUAAGAGAUGUUUUACUCAUUUUACAAAAGAAGAAUUAUUACAAAAACAUAUUUUAUAUUGUUCGCAUAACGAGACAGUUUCUGUGAAAAUGCCAAAAUCAGGAUCGAUUUUACAUUUCAAAAAUCAUCACAAACAACUUCCUAUUCCUUUUGUAGCUUAUGCGGAUUUUGAGUGUUUUACCAAACCAAUGAAUACUUGCUGUCCUAAUCCAGAAGAUUCUUAUAAUUACAAUUACCAAAAACAUGAACCAUCAGGAUUUUGUAUUUUUAUCAAAGGUGUGGUUGAUAAAAAAAUCAAACCAAUUGUUUAUUCGAAAACAGAAGAAGAUGAAGAUAUAGCAAAAAUAUUCGUAGAAAAACUAACAGAAGCAACAAGAGGUAUUUAUAAUGAUUUUUAUCGUAAACCAAAACCUCUUAUACUAUCCAAAGACGAACAAAAAUCAUUUAACAAAGCGGAAUUUUGUCAUAUUUGUAACAAAGAAUUAUUGGAAGACAAAGUUAGAGAUCAUUGUCAUUUUACAGGUCAGUACCGAGGUGCUGCUCAUAACAGUUGUAAUCUUAAUUGCAGGAAACCUUUAGUUCUUCCAGUUAUAUUUCAUAAUCUUCAAGGUUAUGAUGCUCAUUUGUUUAUAAAACAACUGGCAAGUUUACCAGGAUAUUUAAAUUGUAUUCCUUCAACAGAGGAAAAAUACAUAUCCUUUUCUAAAAAGAUUAAAGUUGAUGAGUACAGGUCUAAAAAAACUGGUCAAAUGAUGUCUUUAUAUUUUGAAAUUCGUUUCAUAGAUUCGUUUAAGUUUCUUCAAACAUCACUUGCUAAUCUUGUUUCAAAUUUACAACCGGAUGAUUUCCGUGAUACAAAACGAGAAUUUAAGAAAAAUGUAGAUCUACUUACUCGUAAGGGAGUUUAUCCUUAUGAUUAUGUUUCAUCACUUGAAAAACUAUCCGAAACACAAUUACCACCAAAAGAAGAAUUUUAUUCGAAACUAAAUGAUGAAGACAUAACCGAAGAUGAUUACCAACACGCAAUAAAUGUGUGGAAUACUUUUAAAUGUAAAUCAUUAAGAGAUUAUCACAAUCUUUACCUAAAGUCUGAUGUCCUACUUUUGUCAGAUGUAUUUGAAAACUUUAGAAAAACUUGUCUAAAACAUUACAAGCUAGAUCCAGCACAUUAUUACACAUCUCCAGGUUUAGCUUGGGAUGCUUGUCUCAAAGAAACAGGGCAGGAAUUACAGUUACUACAUGAUUAUGAUAUGUUAAUGAUGAUUGAAAAAGGUAUUCGUGGUGGUAUAACUCACAUAUCAAAAAGAUACGCAAAAGCUAAUAACAAAUACAUGAAAUCUUACAAUCCUGAUAAGGAGACCUCCUUUAUUCAAUACCUAGAUGCGAAUAAUCUUUAUGGUUGGGCGAUGUCUCAAAAUCUUCCAACACAUGGAUUUAAAUGGAUGAGAAACCUAACAAAAGAGUCACUAAUGGAAAUUUUAGAAAAAACAAAUCAUAGCAUGUCAAAUCGAGGAAGAAAAGGAUAUAGAUUUGAAGUUGAUUUGGAAUAUCCUAAAAAACUAUGGGAAGAGCAUAAUGACUAUCCACUUGCACCUGAAACAUGA